AUGCCCAAGUUCCUUCAAUCACAACUGGAGGCGCAGAAAAUCGCUGACGGGAGCAGACUCUGGCCACAGGUCCUGCCACUCCUGACUUUCGUUCAAGCUCACCUCCGGAGAUUCGACAAGUCACGCGGAUUCCCCACCUUGUUCGUCUGGCACUCCCGGGAGAACCAUCGUUCCUACUUCCUCUUUGCAUUUGUCGAGAUCAAGAUGGCGUCCAAGAUGUACACCGCCCGUGAGCUCCUUCGCUUGAGAAAGGUCUCUGCUGGCCAGGAGCUUUACGACCGUCUUUGGGAAAAGCUCCGCAACGACAGCGGUCUUGGCGAGGUUUUUCGAAUGCCAUCCGGAGGAGCCCUCCCUUUGAUCAGAGAGGAGGACGCGGAAGUCUCUGCCCCGCCAGAUACCGCUCCGGCCAAGAGUGUUGUUGCUCGCCAGCUUGAUGGCACCGACUCUGAAUGGAAAUAUCGCGGCCGCACGGACUCCGAAGAGGACGCCGUUCACCCCAUCUGCAGCCCGGCCGGCAUCGUCGCCCAAAGAGACGAGGGCUUUCAGAGGUUUUACAAGGCCGUCGUGUCUCCGACCCAUGUGCGUGUCACUGCUGGCGGGCGCAUUGUCCCCAACACCCGGGGCCCCUCGUCGCCAACGGCGAAAUGGUCCAAGGACAAGGCCACGGGCGACGGGGCGUUUUCGGGCAGAGGUGUCGGCCGCGACCAGCCUGAGCAUGGCCCGUUCCCUAUUCCUCAGGCUCCUUUCGGUGCGUUCUCGCCCAUGAUCCCUGGCUUUGUCCCUGGCAUGGCGGCUGCACAAGCUCCUUUCCAGAUGAUGCCCUGGCACAUGGGGGUCAAUAUGGGUGGUGCCUUUGGCAUGGUUCAUCCGCAUAUGGCUACCAUGGCGGGAUCUGUCUCCGGGUCCACAACCCCGGCAGCCUCUCUGAAGAGCGAAAAGCAGAGCGAAUCUGCCAACUCAGAGAAUGCCAACUCGGUCCGCGUUUCGCCCCCGGAGCAGUUUGAUCACAGCCGACCGUUUUUCUACAAUGGUCAGUGGAUGAUGCCCCCCGGUGCUGCCAUGUUUCCGGUUGGUAUGCCUUCUAUUGCCGGCUUUCCUGUUCCUAUGGGUGGCCAAAUGAUGCACCCCAGAUAUGGCAUGCAUCCCAUGAUGCACCUUCAUACCAUGAAGUCUGAUCCGUCGCUGUAUCCUCAAGCCGCCGCCUCGCCUAGCGCCCCGGCCUUUGCCGGACCUUCAAAUCCCCCGGUGUCCUCUAUUCGCCAGAGCGAAAUCACCAAGAGGCAGCUGGAAAAUCUGCGAAGCCAUCUCAGAUUUCUCGAGGAUCAGCUCCAGUACAACAAGCACCAGAUUGAUGAGAAACUAGUUGAGCAGCAAACCCAAGUGCUUCGCCACCAAAUUCAGCUGUUUGGGAGGAACCUCGAGGCGCAGCAAACCCUUGAAGAAGGCCACUUGGUCAAGGGUGAGAAGGACGAGGAAUCAAGCGGCUCAACGUCUUCGGCCGCCAAUGACGCUAGACCAGGACACGAUACCCAGAGCGUGUCCAGCUCGCAGGAUGACACGUCUCAGGCUCCUGCGGCCGAGAGGCAGAGGAGCAAGGAUCGCAUCCCUUCCCAGCUUCCAGGUGGUCCAAACCCUUCCAAGCCUAUGCCCCUGAAGAGUGCCCUUAAGAAGCCUCGCCCUUCCGAACCCAUCAAGAAGGCGUCUUCUAUUCCGGUCAGUGCAGCGUUGGCCCCUCCGUUCCAGCCCCGAGGAGACGGCGCGAUGUCGGCCUCUGGAACUACUGACUCCUUGCGCUCGGCUGCGUCUCUUGCCAGCGCCGAGACUUCCUGCCGAAGCGCAGUCACCAGGAACGAUGCUGGAAAGCCCUAUCUCGUUGGAACGCUUCCUCGCGGCUUCAGUCCCACUGCAGCAGGCGUCGACUACACGUAUGACCGUGAUUUGACCGAGGAUGAGCUGCGCGCGCGCCACAUGUACUGGGGCAACGCACCGCGCAACCUCCAAAAGGGGUAUCCCAAGUUCGACGGCAAGGACUUUUACCCUCCGUCGCCCGUCAAGGGAGGCUCGUCCGAGUCUGAAGCCACGUCGAGCCCCAGCACGCAACGCCGUCGAAUUCCAAGCGGAAACAUCCAAGCAGACUACGGCCUCGCCACGGCCGAAAGCGACCCAUUUGCGUCAUUUGACCUGUGCAAUCAGAGACCUCCCCGAAACAACCUCACCCAAUCGGAAAACUUGCCGAGACUCGAGUCGCCCAUGACCCCGACACCCGCUGCAGCAAAGCAGAGUCCCAGAAAGAGCACAUCUCAGGCCGGGGGCAGUUACGAGGACUUCCGCAAGGCCCUUGCCGAGAAUGGGCGAUUUUCAGGCGGCCGCAAUGACAAGUCAUCUUCAGAGUCGGGCGAUGAUUCAAACAUUCUGUUCAAGGGCCGUCGGAAUGUACCGCAAAAGAGCAAGAACUCGAAUGAAAUUUGGCAGAGCAUGUUGAAGAAGGGCAAAUCGAGCAGCGCUGCAGUCCCAGGAACAGUCUCAUCCAUGACAGCACAGGGAGUGUUGCCCAACUACGCCGGCCAUGCCACGGCGUCACUCACUCCUGCCUUUGCCAACACCUCCAUCUCCCCAAAGGCCUCGUCGUACAAGCCAGGGGACUCUGGCGACGUUGGGUCCACGGGCCAGGAGGAGGAGAAAAAGGUUGAGAACCGCCCACCGGCCGGCGGCAACGUGAAGGGUCCGUUGCGUCGUGCCGGUUACUGA